AUGCACGUGAUGACACGAAAAAAGCCCCCAAAACCUCCGAAGCAGCACGAUUCCGUGAGACAGCACAGGCUUCCCCCAAAGCCGCCUUCCAGCCCCCCAGCGCUGCCGGGAAGCGCGGCCGGGCCGCGGGGCAGGGGCAGCCCGGGCGCACGCAGGCCCCGGAGCAGGCGCGGAGCGGGCGGCGGGCUGCCGCCCGGAGAGAGCUCCUUCUGCACGGUGGAGGAGGGGCCCGACUACGUGGAGAAGAGCAUUCCAUUCUUCAUUGCUUUUAUUGCUCUGGAGUUUGCUGUCAGCUGGGUUCAGAAGCGUAAGCUGUCAGGUCGGAUCAAUGAUGGCAUAAGUUCUCUUUCUUUAGGUAUCCUGUCUCGACUGCCAGAUGUUUUAUUUAGAAGUGUUGACUUAAUUAGUUAUAUCUACAUAUGGAAUAACUACAGACUCGUUGAACUGCCCUGGGACUCACAAUGGACGUGGUAUUUGACCCUCCUGGGAGUGGACUUUGCAUACUACUGUUUUCAUCGCAUAAGCCAUGAGGUUAAUAUACUGUGGGCAGCGCACCAAAUACAUCAUAGUUCUGAAGAUUACAACUUAUUCACAGCCUUGAGACAAUCUGUACUGCAGAAAUAUACCUCCUGGAUUUUCAACUUGCCCAUGGCUCUUUUCAUUCCCCCUUCAGUGUUUGCUGUUCAUCUACAAUUUAAUCUGCUUUACCAGUUUUGGAUCCAUACAGAGGUUAUUACCAACCUUGGGCCCUUGGAGUGGAUUCUUAAUACUCCCAGUCAUCACAGAGUUCACCAUGGUAGAAAUCCUUACUGCAUUGACAAAAAUUAUGGUGGCACACUCAUCAUCUGGGACAGGAUAUUUGGAACAUUUGAGGCAGAAGAUGCAAAAGUUGUAUAUGGCUUAACCCAUCCAGUAAAUUCAUUUGAUCCCAUCAUGCUCCAGUUGCGUCCCUUGGCACAUAUUUGGAGCACGCUUUGGGCCACACCUGGAUUCUGCAACAAGCUUUCUGUCAUAUUCAAAGGGCCAGGCUGGGGACCAGGCAAACCUAGACUUGGCCUUCCUGAGGAAAUCCCAGUGAUCACUGGAAAAGAAGUUCCCUACAAUCCAAGUCUACCAGUUCAUCUGAAUUGCUAUGCAGUUGUACAUUUUGCUGUACUAACAGAUUUGUAUACUGAGCUUCUUGGUACCGUGACCAUGUUAUCACAGGGAACCAUUCUCCUGAGAAUUGGCUUUAUCAUUCUGUCCCUCACCUCUUUUGGACUACUUCUGGAGAACAGGCCCAAAGCAGGAAUUUUGGAAAUAACUCGCUGCUUAGUCUUCGUAGUUGUGUACAAACUUGGCUACUUAAGGAGUAAUUUGUCUUCCUUGGGCUAUGCAUAUGAGGUCUUGUUUUCCCUCUGUGCCGCAUUUUGGGGAAUCCAGAUUAUGAAGCGGAUCACUUCAUCCAAAGAUAAACAUCACUGA